AUGACCAUAAUAAUAACUAAAAUAGCAGAUAAAAUUAUUAAAUCAAAUCGUGUAAAAAAUACCUUACAAGAUAUACAUAUUCAUUCAUCGAACUGUGGCUGUCAUGGAUCAUUUAAAUCAAAUUCAGUAAUGAAUCAAACUUUUUCAUCAUUUUCAUCAUUAACAACUGAAAAGAAUGAACAACAACAACAACAACUUUUUAAACAAUUUUCAAAUUCUAAACCAAUUCCAAUGGGUAGAAAAGUUGAAUUAGAUACAAGUAAAGUUAUAGAUAGUGUUUAUUUUGGUAAUACAGAAAAUAAUAAUUAUAGAACAAAUAAAGGAAAUACAGAUUAUGCAUUUGAAGCAAGUGCAAAUAACAUAAGAUUUGGUUCAGGUGUAACAUAUGAAGUUGGAUAUGACCUUUUGGAUAUGAAUUGUAGAAAUGUAAUUGUUUUCACUGAUAAUAAUUUAUUGAAGUUGGUAGAUACUGAUAAAGAAAGUGCAGUUGCAAAAUGUUUAUACUCUUUAGAAAAAUGUGGAAUAAAAUAUACUAUAUACAGUGACGUUUCAAUUGAACCAACCGAUACAUCAUUUAAAGAUGCAAUUUCAGUAAUGGGUAAAGGUAGAUACGAUGGUGUUGUUGCUGUUGGUGGUGGAUCAGUAAUGGAUACUGCCAAAGCUGCAAAUCUUUAUAAUAGUUAUCCACCUGCUGAUAAUGAUUUUUUAGCAUACAUUAAUCCACCAAUUGGAAAAGGCUUACUUGUUCCAGGUCCAUUAAAAAGACCAUUGAUUGCUAUUCCCACCACAUGUGGUACUGCUUCUGAAACAACCGGUGUUUGUAUAUUGGAUAUUAAAUUGGGUGAUGGUUUAUCUGCAAAAACUGGUAUUGCAAGUCGUCAUUUAAAACCAAUAUUGGGUUUAGUAGAUCCUGAUAACUUGUUAACAUUGCCAUCCAAUGUUGCAAUUUCAUCUGGUUUCGAUCAAUUGUGUCAUGCAUUAGAAUCGUUUACUGCAAUUCCAUUCAAUCAAAGAUCACCACGUCCUCUUGCUCCAAAUCAAAGACCAUCGUAUCAAGGCGCAAAUCCAGUUUCUGAUGUAUGGUCAUUAAGAUCUUUGGAAAUGCUUUGUAAGAAUAUUCAUAGAUUUGUAUUGAAUCCAAAUGAUGACUAUGCUCGUUCUCAAAUGAUGUUGGCUGCUUCAUAUGCCGGACUUGGCUUUGGAAAUUCAGGAGUUCAUGCUUGCCAUGGUAUGAGUUAUAGUAUAAGUUCAAUGGUUAAAGAUUAUAAACCUGAAGGUUAUUAUGGUUUAAAAAAAAAUUUAAUCCCUCAUGGACAAUCUGUUAUUCUUUCAGCACCUGCAGUCUUUAAAUUUACAGCUCCUUCUAAUCCUGAACGUCAUUUACUAUUAGCAAAGAUAAUGGGUGCUGAUAUCUCAAAUGCUUCUGAAUCGGAUGCAGGUGUAUUAUUAUCCAAUCAAAUAGUAAAACUCAUGAAGUUAUUAAACGUCCCAAAUGGUUUACAAGCAUUGGGUUAUAAAGAAUCUGACAUUGAUAGUCUUGUAAAAGGAACACUUCCUCAACAUAGAGUUACAAAAUUAAUGCCAAAGCAAGCUACAUAUGAUGAUCUUUAUAAAUUAUUUAAAGAUUCUAUGACAAUUUAUUAA